AUGCUUCAAUUUUUCCAAAACUACUUGCGAGAAUAUGGCGGAAUCAGUGAACAAGAGGUGCCAGGGAAAUCACAGGAAAUGUUGAGGGAAACUCUUCCUUUCGUGCCAGUGUCUCACUUCUUCUGGGGUGUCUGGGCACUUCUCCAAUUCGAGGUCUCCCCAGUUGGAUUUGGUUUUGCGGAUUACGCCCGUGAUCGCUUAGGCUUGUACUUCAAGAGUCGUCAUUUGAUGGACAGUCUCAACCCAAUC